GUUUGUUUGUUUGACGUGUUUUCGUGCAGCGUGUAUGUGUGUGCGGUGUGUGUCUGCGAACGCACGUCGGAUCUGUGGCACCGAGCAGCGACUUGUGUUUGGUUUCACGACUGUCAGCGCUAGCAGUCGUGUUCGGAGCACUGCGAUGAAAUUAACGACAAUUUUACGAAAAGUCGUGUAACAUCUGAGCCUUUUAUUUUCUUCCGUAACAUGCUUUUAGUUAUCCUGCUCGCUGUGACAUUACCGCUGUCACUGGCCAUUUGGUCCUUGUCAGUAGUUUCAUCUUGGUACACAGAAAGUGUAGCGCCGCCCACGCCUCUCCGGUUCUUUUUUUCCGCGUUCAUCCCGAUUUUAAUAUCGGCUUGGGGUUACAAGAGGAAAAGUCUCGACCUUUCAGGAGCUCUGUGUGGUGUGGUGGUCGGUUUCAUUUUGACGUUAAGCAGCUACCUGUUCCUAGCGAGCCUCUUCGCUUUCUUUAUAUCAUCCUCUCGAGCAACGAAGUUUAGGUCCGAGCUGAAAAAAAAGUUUGAACCGGAUCACAGAGAAGGAGGGCAGCGCAACUGGGUCCAGGUGCUUUGCAAUGGUGGCAUCGCGACAGAGUUUGCGCUGCUGUACGUGCUGGAGUGUGGGAUGGGCGAGAGGCUGGCCGAUCCAAGCAAUGCCUGGCAGUGCACCAUCCUCUCGCUGGCCGUACUCAGCGCCUUGGCUGAGAGCUGUGGAGACACGUGGGCCUCAGAAUUUGGCAGUGUGCUCUCCAGGGGAGAUCCUUUCCUCAUCACGUCAUUCCGGAGAGUGCCCAGAGGAACUAACGGCGCCGUUUCCCUGGAAGGCCUGUUCUUCAGCGGCCUGGGCGGGGCCUUCAUAGGCCUUGUUUACUACAUUGCUAUGGCUCUGUUUGUGGGUCCAAGCAGCUUACAGGCAGCCUCGGCCCAAUGCCUAGUCAUUCUGGUUGGCACCCUGGCGGGCUUCCUCGGAUCCCUGCUGGACUCUUUCCUUGGAGCCACUCUGCAGUUCUCAGGUGUGCACACCAAGACAGGCCGGAUAGUCGAACGUCCUGGACACAACGUGAAGCACAUCUGUGGUGCCAACAUACUUGACAAUCACUCGGUCAACCUUUUGUCCAAUCUGGCCACGGCUUUCACAGUACCAUUGAUUUCAGUGAAGUUGUUUUCACUCCUUCGCUGAUCUGCAUUUCUCAGACUCCUUUUGAUGCUGCUCUGCUGAAUAAUGAGCCAAGCAAAAUCUGUUGGGUGUUGUUUUAUUAAUGGUGAUAGAGAUUGCUUGUUUUGCAUGUGUAACAUACUUUGUUUUCAUAUUUAUUUUUGUUUUGUCUGCUGUUGCCACAUGGUGUACUGUGGUGUCGUGCAAAAAAAAAAGGCAGAGGCAGUAGGAUAUGAUUCCUCAUAGUAUGAGCCCAGUCCUAAGCACACUCUCUUCUUAACGUCGUUUGAAUUGUUUUGGGGAAAUGAAGAAUCAAGUUGACGAAUUCCUGCUCUCAGACAACCCACUGAUAAACUGCGACAACCUGUUGUUCUAGAAGUUUUGGAACGUUAUGAAUAUGAAACAAAUGUGAAAAGUACUGAAGUGUUAUAGCAGUCAUUUGUUUGUGUAAUCAUGGAGUGUAUUGUUUCAUUCUACUCACCUCAAUGCUUUAAAAGGUUUUUUUUUCUUCAAAAAAAAAAUCAAAGAAACAAGUAGGCGCCACCUACUAGCAAGUUUAGUGCAAUUUAACAAACUUUUGAGCGGCAUGCCCGCUUUUUGCUGCAGACCUCUUGCCAUAUUUUGGUUGUGUUGUUGUGCCAGGCUAAUCUAAAUGCAGAAGGCAUGGUUGUAGUGAAUUAUCUGACUGAGAAGCUAUAGCUUCGGGAAUUCUAAGUACUCAAAAGGUUGAGUUGCAUAGCUCCAGUAGUAAAGAAAUCUAAUUGCUGUUAAAGCAGUGCAGCUGCCAACCGAUAAUUCGGACUGGAUGGGAGCAGAUGAAAAGUUGAAAUAAUAGGAAGUUUGAAAUAUCGGAUUUGCCAGAAGAAAAUUCUGUGUUGAUUUAGCAGUAAAUGCGAGGACAUGUAUUGGGCACUAUGUUGCACCUCUUCGAGGUGCCACAUUGCACCACAUUGCAAAGUGUUGUUCAGGAGCUCACUCGACAUAUGUCCUAUCUCUUUGUGGAGCGAUAUAUACAAACACAUACAUACACACACACAUGCAUGUGCUCUCUCUCUCUCUCACACACACACACACACUCACACACACACACACUCUCUCACACACACACACACACACACACACACACACACACACACACACACACACACACACACACACACACACACACACACAUGUGCACUCUAGUAAGCUUUCCGAAUCCCCUCUCUACCAUACGACUGGCUUCACACAUUUUGUCCACUUUGACACUCCUAACUGUAAUGCAUUGAAAUUGACUUCAUUUUGCAAGUGGCCUAGAAAGCCUGUGAACAUGUUGCAGCAUGCACAUGAACCUGACUGUGGUAUAGUGAACCUGUAUCUCGACCAUUGUCAUGCUGUUGCUGCAGAUAGAUGACAGUACAGUAAAUGCAUGCAACAAAUCUCCAUUCUCUGGUAAUGUUACUAGUCGACGAUGCUGUGAUAGCCGAUAACCACGGGUUUAUUUGCAACAUUCACUUUCCUCACUUAAUUGCCACCCUCAUCUGCGUGGACAUUGUGGGUGGAGUUCAUGCCACUUGAAGAUUGAUGAUAUUGACCGUCAAAAAUUUGCCAUUAGCUAUUGAAGAAGUCACCCAGGACCUUGUCGCUAUUUAAAACAUAAGUAAAUAAAAAAUUGCAUGGCAGAAUUGCUGAAUAAAAUAAAAAAUUGCUGAAGUUGCAUGACAAGCUGCAAAUGCAGCCUUAGAACCUAGCAGCAUGGCUUGGCUUGUUCCAAGCUUUGGCCCUGGCCGGUGAAUACUGGUACGACUAAGCUUUGCUAGUUUUGGUUUCGAGAAGGCACCGACAACAAGGCCAAGACCCAUGCCGGCCAACAUUAUAUCGGCAAUGUAUAGCAAAGUAGAAAUGGAGCUCUUGGCCAGAUUAGCAUGUGGUUGUACAGGCCAAGUACGAAUUAUUGAACGGAAUGUAAGGUGUCCGAAAUCUCGGUUGUCGUUAGGCAUUAAGUCUAAGGGGGGCAUUGCUGUGAAGCUAUCUGAAUAAUCAAGGACAACCAAAUUAUUAAUGUCUGAAUCAUCAGUCGGCAACUGUAUUGUGAUGUUCAAUAUUUCCAGUUGAUCAGGAAGACUCAAUUUGUCAAGCGAGUUAAACUAAGAGAUUUGGCAAAACUGACAAGCAAUGAUAUCAGAUCAAGCAAGUUAUCUUGAGUAAUUUUCUGUGUAAUGCUUUUUUUUUCAGUGUUUGUUUCAACUUGAAAGGUUGCUUUUUCUUGUGCUCAUAUAGAUGGUUGUGUACUGACUUCAGUUACAUGUUCUAGACAAACCUAUUUGUGCUUACAAAUGCAAAAGUAAAGAACUCGUAUUGAUAUUUUAAGCUCCUCUUAUUCUCCAUCCAGUAACAUUAUUGUUGCUACCAUUUUACAGGUGUUAACAGCCUGUACCAUCGUAGACAAAUGAAACGUGCAUGGGGCAAUUUAAACACAAAAAGGCUACGAUUUCAUUUAUGUAAUGAAAUUAUAGCAUUGUUGUAACGAAAAUUGUUAUUUGACAAUUUGCCCAUACACGGAAUAGUAUAGCGCCUGUCAAAAUUUUAAUUAGGCUUGCUAAUGCAGUCGAACCAAGUUGCAGAAAACGUGGAUAAUAACGAAUUCAUGAUUGCACCACUCUUGUUGAAAUUGUACAAGAUUCAUGUGCAUUUAAAACUCCUUGUAAAGAAAUGGUGUGUGCAACUUUUGAAAUAUACCAAACUAUACAGUGCUAGAACUUGUUGAAGAUGGGUACAUCAGGCAGGCUUAGCCACUGCAUACCGAUAGUUGUCACUGGCCCUACAGGCACGAAUGACUUUUUCUCAAGCAUCUACAAAAAUUUCAUGUCUAACGUACUGAGAGCGCUGCUCAGCUAUAAGUACUUGAUGGCUUGGUCAACGUCGUAGCAUGACCUCCGAGAUCUGGUGGCAUGCACUGGUGGGCUGAAUAUGUCGGAGGCUGUGUGCGCACUUGCCCUAAUUCGAGGUCACGCCUGUAAGUGUUCCUGGUUCCACGAUGCAAGGAGUGCAUCAGUGCACAUGGGUCAGCAUUCGGCACAACAGAAAGCACUAAAAUGCAGAGAGCUCCGACGUAUAUGGGGCAGUCGCACUAGUCUUAAAUUAUUUUCCUGCCUAAUUUUAUACUAUAACAAAAGAAAGGUGAAGGAGGAUAGAUUACUCAAGCUGUGCCUAGUUGGCCACCCUGCACUUGAGGAAGGUGAAAGGGGAAAAGAUAAAGAAAAAAUAGAAAGAUAGAGAUAAUAAAGUGGCAGUCAAUAUGAGCACUCUCAGAGGAACAUUUGCUGACAGUCACGGAGAUUCACACUGUCCAGUUGCCUUCAAAAGGUGCAACAGGGAUUUUGCGGCAUUGUGCAUGGAAGAGUGCUUAUGCUUAGGCUGUGGUUCCAGGAUCUUUUCCUCCAAGAGUGGUUUGUCAUUCAGAUGCCUGGGACUAGCUCUUAGAGUACAUUGUUGAGCGUCGAAGAACAGACAUUCUCACCAAAGGUGCUCUGUUGUCUUGUUGCACGGACGAAAAUUUAAUGCAGCACUGUCGGCCAUUCAGAUGAGGAAUGAAUAAGCAUUCGCAAGUGCGAUGCCCAACCACAUGUGACACAAUAGUCGUUUCGGGAUGGGAGAGUCCGGUUGGUAGGCAAAGUCUCAAGUAAGGGUCGAUCGAGUGAGUACAAGGGGGGGUUGGUGAAACACUGUGAAUUCCAUUGUUAAAAUGUGAUGUGUGGUGGGCAGGUGAUUUAAGGGGGUAUGGUAGGGUGCAUGAACUAUCUUGGUUUCAGCUUUAUAUCUCAACAACUGUUCUAUAUAUUAGCGUGAAAUUCUGCACGCUCAAUAGCAAUAGCGUUGGCCUUAAUUGGUGCAAUUUUUUACUGCAGGCCUUUUUUAUUUUUUGUGUAGUUGAGAACCAAACUUUAAGCUAUGAUGGAAAAUAAAAUGUACCUUUUCUCAGAAACAAAAAACAGCAUGACCGUGAAAUUUCGCACAAUAAUUCUGUAUAAUAGUGGGUUUAACUGGAACCUUUAAAAAAUGCUUUGCUACAUUAACGUCACAAGAAAAAAAAAUAUUGCCGUCACACGUCUCGUACUGUGGAGGGUCUUUCUAAUAAUCUUUUCUUUUUUUUUUAGUUAUAACUGAGUGAUUUUUUUCACACAUUUAGGUUCAGAUUACUUGCAAGGGAUGCGAGUAUAUUCUGGGAAAAUUUCAGCGUAAUGGGCUGAGUAGUUUUCCAGAAAAGGUACAUCAAGUUCCGCAAAUUUUGAAAAAAGUGAUUUUGAGAAAAACGCAUUUUUAUGUUUGCACUUUCACUACAACCGUUCAACAUGCACCAGCAGAGUACAGAAAUUUUCUGGCUAUUUUGGCGUGUUCCCCAAAGCCUUUCUUCAUGUUUACGUAAACGUAAACAUGAAGUAAACAUAAUUACGUAAACACUGAAAAAAUGAUGGAAAACAACAUGUAAACAAACCCUCGCGUCUGUCACGUUUAAAUACCAGGCGGCGCGCUUUUUGGCGCCAUUUUUAAAUGGCUUAGAGCGCUCCUACGCGCUCACCGCUGCACUGUUUUGCUCCCCACAGUGUGUACUAUUUUUUAUUGAUGAAAUCAAAAAAUCAGUUUUUUGGUCGAUUUGCCCUACUAUACCCCCUUAAGUUGCUGCACACAGCAUUUGUUCUCGAAAGUGGUAUAGGCACACACAGAUCUUGUUGACGAGCUGAGCGUGCAGCUUCAUCUGCGCUAUUGUUGCCGCCAAUCCCACAGUGCCUCAGCAUUCAUUAAAGUAGAAUUUCAGGUCUGUUUUCUCUUAUACCGAGCUGUGUUGCAUAUUUUGCUCUGUUCAUUAUAAUGAGGUUUAUGUGUGUGCCCUGCCUCAGGUAUAUUCAUUCAAAUAACUUUAAUCAGUUAUUUGAAUGAGGUAUAUUGUUACAUAUUUUACUGGGCCUUUUCAUUUUUCUGUAAAGUUCUUUUACAGUGUACGAGCGCUUAAGCGAAGUGACAGCGAUUGCUGUUGAUAGCAUGUGCAUUGAUAGUAGCUGGCAUCAUUGUGGUGGCAGUAGUAAAUGGGAAUAGGUUGAUGGGGCAAAAGGUAGAGGGUUUAUUGAAAGGGCUUCAUUUUUUUUGUUAUUGAUUUACAACAUUGUGCACAUUACUUGUUUGGUUACCUGUACACAAAUAAGAACCACAUUUGUGAAGUUCCCAACUUUGGGCUUGCCGCUCGACAAUAGCACGACGGCCUCUACCCAUUUUAAUGCUGUCUUUUGCAUUUUACAAUACAACACCACAGUUAAAACAAGCCACUGCAGCUAAUUAAAUGCUUGGGACAAGUGAGCUACUUAAUUUUUUUUUUUUACACAGCUGUGCCACACAGGUCAGGUGUAGUAACUGUUGUCUCACUUCUUGCCUAAAUAAGAGAACAAGAACAAAGGAUCAGAACUGCCUCCUUGCUCACCAGAAGUUAACUUGCAGCCAUUAGAAUACACACAGCAAGAUAAAGAGAAGCUUAUAUUUUUGUUUAUCUGUGUCCCCAGUCAGUAUACUUUCACUUAAGAAUGUGUAUUUCUUUCUCUUUUGCUGAGUGGUGCCUGGAAUAGCUAAGCGUGAAUAACUUGUGCAAGCAAGUGCAGUUGGCAGUCUGCCCUACUUUCUCCUCUUCAUGUGUGUAUAGAAAGGGCAUUAGGAAAUGAGGUAGCAAUAGGAGUCUCAGUGAGGAAGAGGGAAGCAUGUGAAUUUGGGAAUUCAAGCAUGAAAUGCUAAGGCCAGCUGUUGGCAGCUGAGGAGAGAAAUCCUAAUCAAAUUGAGCUACAAUCUUAAAGAAAAUGGUACUUCUCGAUGUAUGGUACGAAAAGCAAAUGACACAUUAGACCACUUGAGUGUGUUGUGUGCUUUCUGUCCCAUGAAAAUGAGCUCUUCGUUGUCGAAAUUUACGCUUGUUAGAGACACAAGUCCCGGCAAGCUCGGCACAUCGACUGUGCAGUGUAGCGAGGUGAAAUCAUUGAGCCUGGCAUGUUUGCCUGAUUGCACAGUGCUUGACGUGUUCAUUUCUCACUUUGGCUCUGGCUUUUAACUGGGUAGCUCAGCACUGCAAAACUGGCCUCUUCAAUUUGCUAAGGAGCACCUCUGUACAAUGAGCAGCAAAAUGACUAUAAUGCUGUCAGUUGGCAAGCAAGCACAGUUGAAAAUGUUCUUUCUUGGGCCAACAGGUGCCUAUAUUUGAGAUGUCAUCUCAGUCUAACAUUGUUGCAUGUUCUGAAAAAAAGCAUAAGUCUUGUGCCAUGAAUAUUUUUCUCAGUCGUUCCUCAUGGUUCACUCACAGUGCAUGUGUCACCUUGAAAUAGCUGCAGAAGAGUACGUAUUUAGGCUGAUUGGUUUGUGAUUACGAGUAGUAAAGCAGUGCUAAACAACAGGACGAGGAAAGGGACAGCGCUGUUGUCUGUGUCCCUCUCCUUGUCUUGUUGUUUAGCGUUGUUUUACUGCUCGUACUGCUUGAAAUAGCUGCCACAGAAGCUGGAAAAAAAACUGCUUGGACUACUAUAAUAUAAGCUUUUCUUGAGGCUGUAGCCAUACCUUGUUGUUGUUUUGUAGAAGAAAAAGUGCUUUGCCACUUCCACACUAUUAUUGGCAUGAAGCAUUCACUGCCUUUAGUUAUGCUGCCAGUCUCAAGUGCAUAGCUUAUACACACGCAUGAACAUAGACAUCCUGCCUGCACAGCGUCCUUACUGCUGCAUGUUAACUUGUGGAGAACAAAAAAGCAGUUCAGAUCCUUUGUUUUAUUGCAGUAGCAAUUAUAUGGACACUCCAAGUGCAUUUUCGCAGUUGGCGUUGUCGUCGCUAUGAGGUUCCGUAAGAAGUCCAAGUACCCUGUAUGUGCGAGUGAAGGCGUGCAAGGGUAGGUGAUGAUUGCGGCUCAAUUUCCCCGGUGUGAAAGAGAUGAAAGCGGGGAGGAGGCACGCCGUCUUCUGUUGUGCACAAGGCACCCAAUGUUGCGAGGCACUGGGGGGGAAGGGAGAGAGAGGAGGCGGCAUUCUACUCCAGCUGCAACUGCGCAUGUGACAGCUGCGCACGGUCGCGCGGCCAUAUCUUGAGAGCGAUAUGCGUUGGAGGAAGAGUCUAGGUGCGUCGGUGGCUUGUAGCUUUGUGCAUGCUGUGUGUUCUUGGUGCUCACUUUGCGUUGAAGUGAUAGACAGCACGAAUGUCACUUUGCUCACCGCUGCUGCCGUGUUUCUUCACGCCAGCGUUUUGACGGGCAGCUUCCACGGUCAUCGAGUCAGAUGUGUUCAUGUUUGCUUGUACACGCGUGACGCCAUGCUUGUUAAUUUAGUUAAUGAGGCUAUGUUCACAAACUUACACGGCCGAUAAAACUACUAUCCAUACUUCAUAUAGUUGUCUGCUAAUUUGCUAUCGCAAUCGAUGCUCUGCCUUGCGGUCGAAACUGCAACUUUUUUGUUGUUCAAACACAUUCAUUUUGAGGAUCAUAUUUUGCCUGUCUUAUCUAACAUUGUGGGAAGACUGACACCUGUUAUGCCAGUGCUUAUCUUUAUUGUAGUUCCAGUGUAGCAUCAAUCUUGAAUUUAUCUGUGGCCGUUUUUCAGUUGUGAUCCUGUAAAUUUCAAACAGGCAGUUGUACAGUCAUAAUUAUCAAAAAACGAAUAUGAAGACAGUAAUGAUUAGCUAAGAUUAUUUUCCUUCUUUCCCCAUGUGGAUUUCAGAUGUUUCCUUGCUUCAGUGCUGGCUUGCCCAGAAAGGUCUUCAGUGUCUACUAGUGCACUUACAAAAUCAACUGCAACUAUGAGAAAAGGCUACAUACUCCUCAUCACAGUAGUGAUUAACUUGCUGUGUGAUGAGCCUGUCACAUACUUUUACAUGGCACAAUCAACUGCAGAACAGUCAAGUAUGAAAAACAUUGAUGACUCACAAUAUUCACACUUGCAGCUCAAUCACUCAUUUCUUCAUGAACAAGAAGCUGAACAUGCGUUGCUUCCAGUGGCGUUGUUUGCUUUAAUGACAAUCACAAAUGACAACGAUAUUAUGGAAAAGGUUGUUUAUCUACUGCAUGUUUAGGCAUAGAUGUGUGACCAUUUGUCAUUCGUCGUCAGUCUUCACAUUUCUGUUAACAUUGUUGGAAUACUGAUGCCUAUUAUGACACUGCUUGUCUUUGUCGGAGUACCAGUGUAGCGGUCAGGCUUGUUAUGUGUGGCCGUUGUUGAGUUGUGAAUCUAUAACAGUAUCAAUUUCAAACAGAAUUUAGUGACUUUAAUAACAGAUUUGGUGGCAUUGCCGCCAGACUCUUGUUAACAGAUUUCGUGCUCUUGGUUACAGGCAAUUUUAUUAUUUCGAUGUUUUGUCGCUGUUAUGGUUUCUAGUUUGAGGCUGCAUGACCUGCCAUUGACGGAGAAUACUGUAUUCCCAUUGUCUCUCUGUACAUUGUUUGAAGUGUUUCGUGGUUACCAAUGGUGGUGUAGAAUGUGUAUAAUGUAUUGUCCUUGAAAUGCGGAUGACUUUAAUCCAUGUUGUUGACGAGCCACAUGAAAGCUUCGUGCUCUACAUUUCUUGCCUUGAAUUUACAGACUUGUCCCAUGUACUUGUUGCACGCGUCGGCUUCGUGUCACUUGAGUGGUGCUUUUAGCAAUAUAUAUAUAUGAUAGUGCAAUACUUCUCCCAGUGUAGAUGCCUUCCAGCACCAGUGCAUGGAAAAAAAAGAAAAGGAGGGCAUUCACUGAAAAAGAUUCUUGGCCUUUUACAUGUACAACAGCAUACUGAGACAAUCGACUAGUAACUUGCUUCUCUUUAUUGAAUAACAAGUGCAACUGGAAAUUUAAUGUUUCUUGGGCUGCACUUGUGCUCACGUACAUGAACAAAGAGUGAGACGCCAAAACUGACUGUCGCAUUGGAAGCAUAAAAUUGAUGUGGAGCCAAGGAGACCAGUUUACCAGGUGCAUCUGUUCUUCUUCAGUGAAAUGCUGAAACUGCACAGAACAUCGAGAGGCGCAUGAGGUGUACUGCCACGUGCCUUUUUUAAACAGUGGAAGCAAUCUGUCUUUGCCCGACUUGGCACCAAUCCUGUCAGCUUUCUAUCUCUGCCUUCAAUGAACCUGCUCUUUGACCUCUUUUAUCCCUCACCAUGUCAUACCUAUCUGCACACACGGCAGUCAUAAACUUGCAGUCAGGUGAAAGAAUCAGGUGCGGCACCUGUUUGCUGUCUAUGGUAAAGCUGCUGAAAGUUGUGCAGAUUUCCUCACAUUUUCCCCCUCUGUGGUUGCAUAAUUUUUAGUACAUUCAUUUCGGUAAUACCUGUUUUGCCUGGCUACUAUUUCGUUGGUACGAUCAUUGACUAUCUGUGGCCAAAUACAGGAGCUUCUUUUUCUUACCUGCACUCGAGUUUGACAUUCCUACCAGCUAAACAGGUAAUCACCCUAACACAACCCUGUAGGUGAAAACCUUUGGUUUUAUGUUUCUGCACCUUAAAACAUAUGGACAUGCUUCAAUGGUGCCCUGUCUAUGACACAUUAACAUGACCUCGUUGAUUCACGUCCAAUAUGUGGGCAGCCCCUCGUAAACUGGUCUCCCAUUAUACCCCUGUUAAUGCUCCCUAUCUAGCUGUGCAUUAUUCGUAGAAAACCUCUGUACCUCUGUGUUAGCUGAAGCCGCAAAGUACCAGUCUCUUGUGUGAAUUUGUGUGUAAGCAUUAGCUUUAAUUGUUCAGCAUAGAAUGUUUAAAUACCUUGCAGAAUAAUAGUGAUGAUAUAAGCAAGUCACAGUAGCGUACUGUUUCCUGUUUGUCAGCUUGGCAAUAAGCACAAUAGUUUAUGAAGCACUCAAAGGUAACGGGCUGAAUGCAAAAAGCUUUAAACCAUGCGUUUGAUGGCGUCAGGCUGGGGUUGGAAACCUGGGUCUGUUGGUAAUUAUUUAUUAGUCAUGUGCGUAGUGGUCAAGACAAUUAUGUACAUGACUGCAUGAGCAAAAGUGUAGAGAACCACUGCCUCAAAAAAAAAAUUUAAUUCCUUCUUGCCUGGCCGUGCAUUGGGAAAUUGUCUUAAUGUAUUUAAUUGGCCGAAUAUGUGCACGUAGGAUGUACCACUUAAUUUUCAGCCUGCGUACCUAGGCUGUGAAUUAAAAAAAAAAAUUUCUUUUGCUUCAUCUAGGCGGGGUUGGCCCCCCCUCUCCCCACCAAUCUGCCAGCUACAUAAAGAAAAGUUAUUUCUCUCUCUCUCUCUCUUGCUACAUCCUGCGGUUUCUAAACUUUUGCUUGCGACUGUACACUUCUUGCUGAUCUGGCUCUGUUAGGGAAGCUUGUUGAGACCCCAAUGACUGCAUUAGGCUGGUUGACCGAGCAAGCAAAAAUGCAUAUAUCAAGGAUAUUCGUUGCAGGCGUAUUUUCCCAGCAUAGUUGUUAGGUUGUGCCAUUCAUGAGUGAAGCACUGAUGAAAAAAAAAAUUAUCAGAAAUUCGUUUUGGAAUGUUAUCCCAGGCUCUGUGGAGCUUCCUCUUGUGUGUAUGUGCGUAUGUCCGUCAGGCACAGAACAUUCUCCGGUGGCUUGUUGCUGGCAGACGCAAAGCAGUGUGUUUCACAUUUUGCAGAAGGUAUACAUUGCUAAAUCAGCUGGCAUCGGUGCACUUGAUGUGAACUGGUGCAACACUUGGCACUGAGGUGUUCACCUUUUGCUCAUUCAUGUCCUUUUACUGUUAACAUGCUUGCAUGUUACUGUCAGCGUUUGCCA